AUGAAGUUCACACUUAGUGUCUUAGCACUUGUCGCGUCUACCAAUGCGUGGACCAUGCAGUUCGACUGUCCGAGAGGCUCUGGCUUCGAAGGAUCCUAUUCUGGUUCAAAGAACAAAGGAUGCACGAGCAUCCCGACUUGUACCAAGGGUGACCAUAUGGUCUGGGGUAACACCAAGAAGUCCAACUGUGUUCUGAGGUUGUACGCCGCUGCGCCGUGUGCCGCUGAACAGGAGAUUGGACAUUCCAAGGAGAAUUGGGAUCACAAGUUUGGCCAACCUGUCUUUGCCUGGGGAGUCACGAACUGUUAG